AUGGCGGCGCCAGCAACUCUACCAGCCUUGCUGGACUCCCUUACCAAGUCUAUCACCACCACCCUCGAGGUAGCACCGAAACUUGCCGGCGCCGAGCUUCCCAAAGACGGCAUCUCACUUCUUGACGUCAAGAACGAACUCUUGCUCGCAUACCUACAGAACCUCGUCUUCCUCAUCCUCCUCAAACUACGCCAGGCAAGAAAUGGAGACUCGAGCAAUGACGCGGGAGAUCAAAAUCUCGACGACCUCGUCGUCUCGAAACUCGUGGAACUAAGACUCUACCUCGAGAAGGGAGCGCGGCCUUUGGAAGACAAACUUCGGUUUCAAAUCGACAAGGUACUUCGCGCGGCUGACGAUGCGGAACGAAAUGCCAAGGCUGCCGAGGAAGCAGCAAAGUCCGAUGGACACGGGUCCGAGUCUGAGUCCGGCAGCGAGGAAGGCGAGUCCGACGAAGAGGAGGACGACCAAGGUGCUGUGGAUGGGCGGAAGAUUGCGGACCUCCAGCAUCGCCCCAACCUCGGUGGGUUCCAGCGCCCGGCAGCCGCGGUAUAUUCUGGCAAAGAGACGGACGCGUCUGGUGUGUACCGGCCGCCUAAGAUUGCGCCAGUGGUUAUGCCAACCACGGAACGGCGCGAGAAGGCUGAGCGCAGGGUGGGCAAAUCUGCCACGCUUGACGAGUUUAUUGUGGAUGAAAUGUCGACCGCGCCAAUUGCCGAGCCCAGUAUCGGCACCACGAUUGUGAACUUUGGCCGCAAGGUCAAGACGGCCUCGGAGCGUCGCAAGGAAGACGAGCGCCGCGAGUUCGAAGAAACGAACUUUGUCCGUCUACCGAAGGAGAGCAAGAAGGAUCGCGCGAAGAGGGCCAAGCAGGAGGGUGGCAGUCGGCGGAUGAACUUUGGCGGCGAGGAAUGGCGGGACCUCAGCGAGGGUGUGGACCGCAUCAGCCGGUUGACCCAGGGCAAGCGCACGGGAGGCGGCACCAAGGCUUUGUUGGAGAAGAGCCGCAAGCGAGGGAUAGACACUACGGACGGACCCCGUGGAAACGGGGCAAAUAUGGGCGAGAGAUAUCAAAAGCGGCUCAAGGUUGUGGAGAGUGGGCGUGGCACAAGAGGCAAGGGUCGUUAA